ACAUCUACACGAUCAGCCAUCCUUUUCGGCGCAACGGGAGCGGUAGGAAAGCCGUUGCUGUCAGAACUUCUAAAGAGUCCACAAUAUGAUCAAGUACACGCAUUCGUACGCAAGCCAUUCAAGAACGAAUCAAGCUAUAAAGAAGAAGCCAAGUUAAUUGAACAUUUAUUAGAUUUUGAAAAAUUGCUUGAGGAAGGAAAAGGAGUGGAAGAAAUUCGGGAUGUUAAAGCAGAAGCUGUUUAUAUUACCCUAGGAACAACGAGAGCAAAUGCAGGUUCAGCAGAAGCUUUUGAGAGAAUUGAUCGUGAAUACGUUUUGGCUGCUGCAAAGGCUGCUUUACAUCCUGAUCAACAACAAAAUCAAAAAGUUCUUUAUUGUUCUUCUUUUGGCGUUAGUGCAAAAAGUCCAUUCUUAUACCCCAAGAGUAAAGGUUUGACCGAAGAAGGAUUAGCAUCACUUGGAUAUUCAGAUACGAUUCUCUUCCGACCUGGUUUCUUAGCACAAGCAAAUCGAGCACAAUCCCGUAAAGUUGAACAAAUUUACGGUUUCGUAACGCACAAUAUUCUUUCGCACGUUUGGAAUGAUGCAGAGAUUAAAGUUGCAGUAUUAGCAAAAGCUUUUAGAGUUGCAGGAGAGAAUGGUUCCUCAGGUUUA